CUUCCUCUCCCUCCCCCCUACUCUCACCCUCCUGCACCUGCGCCCCUUUGCAUCUGCGCCUCCCUCAUCCCGUCGCACACGCUCCUCCUCUGUCCCUUCGCCACCUCUCCCUCGGACCGCCGCCGUCCGACCGCCUUGUGUGCCCGCCCUCCCCCCUCCUUCUCCCUCUUUCUCUCCCUCUCUCGAGACACCAUGAGCGCCAUUCAGAACGACUUCGAGUCCCCCGAGCUCAAGGACUACCUGUCUAGGCUCAUCUCCAACUAUUUCCAGAUGGAGAACCCCGGUGACUUCGUCGCCUUCGUUGUGGAGAUCCUCCGCAUGGACACCGAGGACCUGAACGAGGUCCUGAUCAAGCAACUUUUCGAGUCCUCCAAGCAGGGCGAUGAUGAGGUUGACCAGAAGGCCCUGGAGGCCAUCCAGCACUUUGUCAGCGCGGUUUUCAGCUCUCUGGGCAAGUAUCUGCCCGGCUUGAAGGCCCUCCAUGGCCGCGAUGGCUCUUCGGCCCCCGCGGCCCCGGCCCCGGCUGUCCCCCCGACCCUGUCUCCUGCCCUGGCUUCCACCACCGACUCCUACGACGCCGACAUGUUUGACGAUGUUGACGACUCGGCAGCCGGGUCCGCCUCAUCGCCUCCCUCUUCGGUGGUCGGCUCGGCCCCCAAGGCCAACCCAUACAUUGGCCAGCCACAGCCCCACUCGCUGAUGAGCCGGAUCACCGUUCACCCGGGCUCGCGUCUCAACACCACCCUGCUCGGCAACAAUCGCGGCCGGCGUGGGCGCGACGGCAGCCCGGUCGGCAACCGCCACGACCAGCGCGGCCCGCGUGGCAACCAGCCUGGUGUCGGCAACCGCCGGCAGCAUAACCCCCGCGACGUGGCCGACAGCUCGACCAUUUCCGUGAUCAAGCUCUCGCCAAACCGCUGCAAUGUCAGCUCCAUCAACCGCCACUUCUCCCGGUUCGGCACCAUCGUCGGCAUCCAGGUGAACCCGAACAUGGGCCAGGCGCUGGUGACCUUCGCCGACCGGGAGGAGGCCAUGGCUGCCCUGCGGUCGCCGGCCUCGGUCCUCGGCGACCGGUUCAUCCAGGUGCACCGGUCGUCGCUGACCUUCCAGUCCCGGUCGCAGGAUGAGGACUGCAUCAUCGCCGAUGCGGCCGAGAUCGCCGCCCAGGCCACCACGCGUCCCGCCGCCCGGACAGGCUCUCAUCCUGCCGCGCAGGAGAACCGCCGCAUCAUCGUCACGAACAUCCCCCCGUCUCUCUCUUCACAGGAGGCCAUUACUCGGCACUUCGAGCGCUUCGGCAAGACCCAGCGCGUGUCCAUCUCCCUAGCCGCCCCGGUCACGGCGAUCGUCACUUUUGUGGAUGGCCCAUCUGCCAAGGAGGCCGUUGCCAAGGGCUUCAAGUCCGAAGCCGGCGAGAUCAUGAGCCUCCGCUGGGCCCCGCCGAAGGGCGCGGCCCCGGUGUCGGUCAGCCAGUUUGGCGCCCCUUCGCAGCAUCGCUCGGCGAUUUUCGCCCCCUCGCCAGCCCUCACCAGCACGGUCACCAUGCAGGAUGCCCCCGAGGAGAACGCCGACGCGCCCGGCCCCGCCGGCAGCAGCGAUGCCACCCCGGCCGCCGACCCGUCCGGUGCCUCGGUGAUGGCCGACUUCUAGGCAUGCUGAGAUGGCAUAUCCUGAACGCACACCCACGCACACACACACACAUAUAUAUAUA